AUAGCGGCAAACAGCGGCCGCGGCGGCAAAUAGUUUCAGUUUUACAAAUUUCAAGAUCUAUUCAAGUCCAAGAAUAUAAUAGUGGAGUGGAGUCAGUGCGAGUCCUACGCAUCGCAGAGUUAAGUUAAUAGGCUGAAGCUAUUAGUUUCUAACGCAGCGAAAUCGGUAUUUUUCUAUUUGUAGUGAUUUUUGAGUGGUUUUAGUUCAAUUUGUGCUUCUGGUUAUUUAUGCAAGAUGUCCUUUUGGUCUUCAAUAACAACCGGCUUAAGAAACUUCGGAAGCCGAAUUGGAGAGUUCUUUGGUAGAAAGAAAAAAGAAGUGGAAAAGGAGUCGGAGAUAAUAGAAAACGCCACUGAAGUACAAGCUCACAAAGUUGCAGAUAGAGCGGAAGAUGUAGCACAAAACGUCAAAAAUGCAGCCCAUAAUGUUGCGGUAGAUCCCAAGAAUACAAAAAAUGCCUUAAAUGAAGAACUUAACGACCUUGGAAGACAAACUCAAGAAAAUGCUAAAGCUGCCAAACGUGAAGCUGAAGCAAACAUCCAAAAAACAGUUGACGACAAACUAAAACAAGCUGACAAUGCAAUAAAAAAUACAGCCCAAACUGCAGAACAAAAAUGGAAAGAAACUGAGGCACAAGUUGCCCAACGAGUAAAGGAAACAGAAGAAUUUGCUGAGGCAAAAAGGCGCGAACUGGCAGAAACUUUGAGAAGAACUGGACAGAAUGUUGAUCAUAAUCUCAGCAAUGCUGCAAUUUCAGCAGAGGCUCAUAAAAAUGCGUUAGCUGGAAAUCUUCAUCAAUUUGGAAGAAACGUGGAUGAUCAUCUACACCAUACGGGAGACCUUAUUCAUAAAGAGGGUCAGAAUAUUGCUUCCGGUCUCCACAACAUUGGGCAUCAUGUUGAUAAUAAGCUUCAUGAAACUGCUGUUGCUGCGGAGUCUGAACGACAACAUUUGGGAGAUCAAUUACAUCAUACAGGAAUGGCACUGCAACAGGGUGGUCACAACUUCUCGCUCGGUAUGCAAAAUAUUGGUCAAAAUAUUAAUCAAAGCUUAAAUAAAGGUGCCCAGGAGGCUCAAAAUGCUGCUAACAAAUCUGCAGAUAGUGCUAAAAAUGCUGCACAUAGUGUUGAUACCGCAUUACAUAAAACAGCUGACGGAGCUAGAAAUAUGGCACAUAAAACUGCGCAAGAUAUCGAUGAUUCUUUACAUAGAACAGCGGAAGGUACUCAAAAUUUGGCACAUGGAGUAACUCAAGGAUUUCUUAAUUUUGGCAAAACUUUGGAUAGCAAACUUAAAGACACAGCUCAAGGCGCUCAAAACGCUGCCCAAAAAACAGCCGAAGGCGCAAAAGCUGCAGCAGUCACUACUGCACAGAGUAUUGACAACACUUUACACAAAACUGCUGAAGGAGCUCAAGAAACAGCCAAUAAAUCUGUAGAGGGAGCUAAAAAUAUAGCACAUAAUGCGGCACAAGGAAUAGACAAUGCUCUACACAAAACGGCAGAAGGUGCACAAAACGCUGCACACAAAACAGUCGAAGGGGCUCAAAAUGUUGCAAAGGAUAUUGAUAAUAAAUUGAAACAAACGGCCGAGGGAGCUCAAAAUACUGCACACAAAACAGUGGAUGGAGCUAAAAAUUUAGUACAUAAUACAGCCCAAGGAAUAGACAAUGCUCUACACAAAACGGCACAAGGAGCACAAAAUGCUGCAAGCAAAACAGUAGAGGGAGCUAAAAAUUUAGCCCAUUAUACAGCCCAAGGAAUAGACAAUGCCCUACACAAAACGGCAGAAGGUGCACAAAAUGCAGCCAAUAAAACAGUCGAAGGGGCUCAAAAUGUUGCAAAGGAUAUUGAUAAUAAAUUGAAACAAACUGCAGAAGGAGCUCAAGAUGCUGCAAACAAAACAGUAGAUGGAGCUAAAAAUUUAGCACAUAAUACAGCCCAAGGAAUAGACAAUGCUCUACACAAAACCGCAGAAGGAGCACAAAAUGCUGCACACAAAACAGUGGAUGGAGCUAAAAAUUUAGCACAUAAUACAGCCCAAGGAAUAGACAAUGCUCUACACAAAACAGCAGAAGGUGCACAAAAUGCUGCACACAAAACAGCAGAAGGUGCACAAAAUGCUGCACACAAAACAGUGGAUGGAGCUAAAAAUUUAGCACAUAAUACAGCCCAAGGAAUAGACAAUGCUCUACACAAAACGGCAGAAGGAGCUCAAAAUGCAGCUCAUAAAACUGUCGAAGGAGCUCAAAAUGUAGCAAAGGAUAUUGAUAAUAAAUUGAAGCAAACAGCAGAAGGGGCACAAAAUGCUGCGAACAAGACAGUAGACGGAGCUAAAAAUUUAGCACAGAAUGCAGCUCACGGAAUCGAUAAUGCUUUACACAAAACAGCAGAAGGUGCACAAAAUGCAGCUCAUAAAACAGUAGAAGGAGCUCAAAAUGUAGCAAAAGAUAUUGAUAAUAAAUUGAAACAAACAGCAGAAGGAGCACAAAAUGCUGCAAACAAAACAGUAGAUGGAGCUAAAAAUUUAGCACAUAAUACAGCCCAAGGAAUAGACAAUGCUUUACACAAAACCGCAGAAGGUGCACAAAAUGCAGCCCAUAAAACAGUAGAAGGAGCUCAAAAUGUAGCAAAAGAUAUUGAUAAUAAAUUAAAACAAACGGCAGAAGGGGCACAAAAUGCUGCAAACAAAACAGUAGAUGGAGCUAAAAAUUUAGCGCAAAACGCAGCCCAUGGAAUCGACAGUGCUUUGCACAAAACAGCAGAAGGUGCACAAAAUGCAGCUCACAAAACAGUCGAAGGAGCUCAAAAUGUAGCGAAAGAUAUUGAUAAUAAAUUAAAACAAACGGCAGAAGGAGCACAAAAUGCAGCCCAUAAAGCAGCAGAAGGAGCUCAAAAUGCUGCAAACAAAACAGUAGAUGGAGCUAAAAAUUUAGCACAGAACGCAGCCCAUGGAAUCGACAACGCUUUGCACAAAACAGCAGAAGGAGCACAAAAUGUAGCCAAUAAGACAGUACAAGGAGCUCAAAAUGUAGCAAAAGAUAUUGAUAAUAAAUUGAAACAAACAGCAGAAGGUGCACAAAAUGCAGCCCAUAAGACAGUUGAAGGGGCUCAAAAUGUAGCAAAAGAUAUUGAUAAUAAGCUGAAACAGACAGCAGAAGGAGCACAAAAUGCUGCAAACAAAUCAGUAGAGGGAGCUAAAAAUUUAGCACAUAAUACAGCCCAAGGAAUAGACAAUGCUUUGCACAAAACAGCAGAAGGUGCACAAAAUGCAGCCCAUAAAACUGUCGAAGGAGCCCAGAAUGUAGCAAAAAAUAUUGAUAACAAAUUGAAACAAACAGCAGAAGGAGCACAAAAUGCCGCACACAAAACAGUAGAUGGAGCUAAAAAUUUAGCACAUAAUACGGCCCAAGGAAUAGACAAUGCUCUGCACAAAACAGCAGAAGGUGCACAAAAUGCAGCCCAUAAAACAGUAGAAGGAGCUCAAAAUGUAGCAAAAGAUAUUGAUAAUAAAUUAAAACAUACGGCAGAAGGAGCUCAAAAUGCUGCAAACAAAACAGUAGAUGGAGCUAAAAAUUUAGCGCAGAACGCAGCUCAUGGAAUUGACAAUGCUCUUCACAAAACAGCAGAAGGAGCACAAAAUGCUGCACAGAGGACAAAGGAAGGUGCACAAAAUGUAGCUAAAAAUAUUGAUAACAAAUUAAAAGAUGCAGUUGAAGGAACACAGGAAGCAACUCGUAAAACUGUGGACGGUGCUCACGAUCUUGCAAAUAGUGCAGCAAUGGGAGCGAAGAAUGCAGCUCAAAAGACAGCCGAAGGUAUCCAGAACGUUGCUCACGACACAGUAGAAGGUACGCAAAAUUUAGCAAAAAAUAUUGAUAACAAACUAAAAGAAUCUGCCCAGAAGACUGCUGAAGGAGCACAGAAUGUUGCAAAAAAUGUCGACAAUAAAAUGCAUGAGGCUGCGGAAGGUGUGAAAAAUUUAGGACAUUCUAUUCAAGAUAAAUCUAGUUCUGCACUUCAUGAAGCAGAUGCUAAGCUUAAAGAUGCAGGACACAAUAUUCAAAGCGCAUUUGAGAAUACUACGAAAAGUGCAAACGACUUUGCUAACCAAAAGAAACAAGAAAUUCAGGGUGGACUCCAACAAUUUGGUCAGAGCAUAGACAACAAACUAGCAGAGACGGGGAAAUUGUUCCAGAAUAAGAUGCAGGACUCAGCUAAUUUCUUAGAUAAUACACGACACGAUUUGAAGCAAGAAGCCGAAGAAAGUAAUAAAAGAAUGCACGCGGAUUUGGACGAUGCGGCAGAUGCUGCUAAAAAUAUAUUUGGAAAGGGAUUAUUCUCUAAAAAAUAAAGAUAUUCUUCAGGGAAAAUCAAGUGAGAGAUGUGUUAUGGUCAAUUAAAAAUAGGUCCAAGAUGUUAUAUUUGUUGUUAAUUUUAUAAGAUGUUUGUGUUAGUAUACGCUACAUUAUUUAUUUUUUACACAGCUUACAAUUUGCUUCCCGAGUAAACAAAACAGGUUGCAAGCAAAAUGGCCUUUGUGAAUCAGGUCAUCGAUCGAUUAUGGCCCUAAAAAGAAUAUCUAGUAUUGCUAAAAUGUAAGAAAAAAAAUCCAGAAAUGUAUAAAUAGUUUUAAAUAAUAAUUACUUACGGGGAUAUAGCACUAAUUUUAUCAAAUAAGUUUAGUCUGUUUAAACAACUUCAUGUAACAAGAGGCCAUUUGGUUAAAUGCUAGAGCUUUAUCGCAUUCUUAUUAAUAAUAAAAAAACUGCUAUCCAGCAUAUCCCAUAGAGAAAGUUAUUGCUAUAUUUACAUUACAGCUUUUAAAUAAAAAAAACACAGAUCUAUGUACCUACAGCUUAUAUUUUUUAUAAAAACCUUAAUAUCACAAUAUUGUCAAUGUCUAUAUCAAACAGUCUGAAUAAUGGUAGAGUGUCAUCUUUGGUAUCAACCAGUCUAAUCUACCUUUUCUUUUAUAUAGUUUGUACACUCCGACCAAAAUAGGAAUAGACGUCAGCUGCGCGUAAACCGGAGAAGGGAUGCAGAAUUUAUUCGAGGCUUAAAUUACAGAGUUGCCCCGGUUAUUACAAAAAUAUUAACUGAUUUCUUUUAAAACGUUGUUUACAUGAAUCAUUGCUUAUAAAGAGUGGCAUGUAAUUAUUUAAAAUUUGCAAAUUUUAAAUGGUUGUUUAAUGUUCGGUUACUAUAAAUUAUUUCAAUUUUAUUGGUUUAAACGAUUAGCCAGAUGAUGUGAAUCAAGAUUGUUUAUGAUAUUCAAAACAGAAGAGUUGUAUGUUUGAAGAAGAUAUGUAGGUAUAUGACUGGUUGGUAAACCGUUGGUGAUACCUGCGAAUUAAAAGUAUUACUGGUUUCUGGUCGGUGCUACGAAUAAGUCUGAUUCAUACUAGCAGCUUUAGCAUUAUAGAAAAAAUUUGAAUGAAAAAUAAACGAAAGCUAGCGAUUAUGUGGGAUUAGGUAGGUUAGACAUCAAAUAGAACAACUCAACUUAUAUUAAAAGUUUCCAGCAUUUUUCGUUGCGAAAUAUUACCUAUUGUAUUACAGUUCUUUAGUACUGAAUUUUUCCAGAAUAUGAAAGAAAAAUUGGAAUUCAAUUAUAGGGGGCAAUACCCACACUUUCAGUACAUAGUUCCUACAGAAAUCUGUAUAAAAUACUGAAAGAAAAUAAGUAUUGUCGGUUAAUGCCACUCUCACUGCACCAUUGUUAUAGAGGACCUACCAAUUUCAGAUAACAGCUAGCUCUCAAGCUUGAAGUAGUAGGGGGAUUUCAUUAUACAGUCUUCCUAGAUAAAAGGACUAAAUAAAAAAUGUAGAUAUAUAACAUUUUCCAAAUGUGCAUUAUUAUAACACCUUCUUGUUGACAGCCUCCUACCUAUUUAAAAAACGAACUGUUUUAAGUAUUUUUAUAUGUGAUUAGUAUUUAUGCAAGAUUGCUAUUUUGCUAUGCAUAAUUUUUAAUGUAACUUUAAAAUGUUUUGUAAUAUUUUAUAUAUUGUAAUUAUGUCAUAAAAAUGUACCAAUUGCUUGCAAAAUAUAAACUAUGUGUAAACAACGUGUA